AUGGAGAUCAUUCGUGACACUACAUUCGGCAAGGUAAUCCGGCUCCUCAGUGGAGGGAAAUGGCUACCCUAUCCCGAAGAAGUUUGCCCUUCAGCCUGGUCCCUCUAUGUCCAACACUCCCAGGAGAAAGGCAACCCUGACGUAAUCUCGGAUAUUUCGGAUUCCUACACCUUAUACACUGUUUUGUCUCAGGUCACUCAAACCCGUUCUGACGGGCGCCGGGAGAGCAUCUUGAAAUUUGGCGAUGAGUUCAAAACAAUUAGCUGGAGAGAGUCAGGAGACAGAGACAAGGAGAACCCUCAGGCCUGGACAACCAGCAAGAAGAUUUUCGUUAGCGUACAGAUUUGGGUCCUCACUUUUGCUAUCUACAUUGGUUCUGCGAUCUAUACGCCUGGCAUUCCCGGUGUCAGCGAGCAGUUCCACGUCAGUACUGUAGCUUCCACACUCGGAUUGACCCUCUUCGUGUUUGGGUACGGACUUGGGCCCAUGCUUUGGUCUCCUCUGGGGGAGCUUCCUGUCGUAGGAAGAACACCCGUCUAUAUUAGUACAUUAACGGUUUUUGUGUUCUUUAACUUUGGUGUUAUUUACGCUAAAAACUUUGGCAUGUUUCUCGCCUUCCGUUUUCUGACUGGAUUCUUUGGCUCCCCUGUUCUUGCUACGGGUGCGGCAUCCAUGGGCGAUAUCUGGGACCCUCUCGUGCGUGAUUAUAUGAUUGGUAUAUGGGGCUGUUUUGCGGUUUCAGCUCCUGUUCUGGGUCCUGUUAUCGGGGGCUUCGCUAGCUCUGCCAUGGGAUGGACCUGGACAAUAUGGCCCUUACUCUGGAUGUCAGGAGCGGUCCUUGUGUUCUGCGUAAUCUUCCUUCCAGAGACGUUUGCUCCUAACAUCUUAUAUCGCCGGGCACGGAGAUUGCGAAAAGUGACCGGUAACCAGAAUCUCUACUGUGAAGCUGAAAUUGAACUUUCAAACAUGAGUACAACGAGCGUCAUCUUUGAGGCAUUGAUCCGACCCUUUCAGCUGUGCUUUCUCGAGCCUAUUGUCUUUUUAAUGAACCUCUAUAUUGCCCUAAUAUAUGGCAUUCUAUAUAUCUGGUUCGAGGCAUUCCCAAUCAUUUUUGAGGAGCUGCGAGGAUUUAAUCCCGGAGAAAAUGGCCUGGCUUUUCUAGGUUGUCUCGUCGGUGCUUGCUGCGUCGCAGUACCUGGAUAUUUCUACUGGAAAUACACCCGGCAAUCCAAGUAUAUCGACAGUGAAGGGAAUCUAUCCCCCGAAAAACAAUUACCUCCAGCCUGUUUCGGCGCGAUGUGCCUUCCAGUCUCCCUAUUCUGGUUUGGCUGGACCGGCAAUUUUGCCUCGAUCCACUGGAUCUCUCCAAUUCUCGCGUCGCUCCUCUUUACAGUAGGGGCUGUUCUUAUCUUCAACUCAAUCUUCUGCUAUCAGGCACACGCCUAUCCCCGAUAUGCUGCCUCCGUGCUGGCGGGUAAUGAUUUUCUUCGCUCAUCAUUCGGCGCCGGCUUUCCUUUGUUCGCCACCGCAAUGUUCCAUAAUCUAGGAAUAGGAUGGGCUUGCACGUUACUUGCUUGCUUGUGUGUUCUGUUCGUGCCGUAUCCGUUUUUGCUUUAUGCUCGGGGGCGAAGGCUUCGGUUGGCAAGUAAGUUUGCUCGUCAUGACAUCUGA